AAUUAUUUCAUGUUGCAAUCUAAGUUAAUCAAAGAUGAGAAACUCAACUUUGUUUUCUCUUCUUUUCUCUUGCUUUUUCUUCUCUUUGUGCUGUUCCAAGUCCUCUCAUGAAGCCACUCAAUUACUGAAAUUCAAUAGCAGUCCUAAGUCUUUAAAGAUAUUGAGAGAUAAUUGGUGGAAUCUUAUAAGAAAUAUUCAUCAAUUUCCAGUUUAUGUUAGUUCUCAGGAUGGGCAAAUGGAAGCUGAUAAGAUAGAAAAAUUGCCAGGGCAGCCAGAAGAUGUGAAAUUUGAUCAGUAUUCUGGAUAUGUUACUGUUGAUCCAACGAAAGGAAGGGCUCUCUUCUACUAUUUUGUUGAGGCUCCUCAAGAUUCUAGCUCAAAACCCUUGGUCUUGUGGCUAAAUGGAGGGCCAGGAUGUUCUUCUCUUGGAGCUGGAGCAAUGCGGGAAUUAGGACCAUUUAGAGUUAAUAGUGAUGGAAAAACUCUUUAUGCAAAUGAGGCAGCGUGGAAUAAUGUGGCAAAUGUGAUCUUUCUGGAAUCACCAGCUGGUGUUGGCUUCUCCUACUCAAACACAAGUUCAGAUUACCAAAACACCGGUGACAAGAGCACGGCUGAUGACACCUACACCUUCUUGAUCAAUUGGUUAGAGAGAUUUCCUCAGUACAAGAACAGAGAUUUCUUCAUAACCGGUGAGAGCUAUGCUGGUCAUUACAUCCCAGAACUUGCUGCCCUCAUUCUGAAAAACAAUGCUGCCAAUAAGAACACAAUCAUUCAACUAAAAGGCAUUGCGAUGGGGAAUGCUUAUGUUGAUGGAGACACAAAUGACAAAGCCACCUACGAUUACUUAUGGAGCCAUGCCUUGAUAGCCGAUGAAACUUAUAGCAAUAUUCAAUCAAAUUGCAAUUUCUCUUCAUCAGUCAGUAAUGCAGAUUGUGAUGAGGCUCUUACUGCAGCUCAAAAUGAGAUUGGAAAUAUUGAUAUGUAUGAUAUUUAUGCUCCUAUUUGCAGCACAUCUUCAAAUAUAAAAGCUUCAGUUCAACCAGAUCCUUGUGCUAGUGACUACGUUGACAACUAUCUGAAUCUUGCAGAGGUGCAAAAAGCACUUCAUGCAACUGUUCAUUUACCAUAUCCUUGGACUGCUUGCAGUGAUGUUAUUGGAUACUGGAAUGACGCACCAGCAACAUUGCUUCCAACAAUUCAAGAUCUAAUUCACAAUGGCCUGAGAGUGUGGUUUUACAGUGGUGAUCAAGAUUCAGUUGUGCCGGUGACGUCGACCAGGUAUUCGAUCAAGAUGCUAAAGCUUCCAGUUGAAUCACAAUGGAAGCCAUGGUACACUAAUGAUCAGGUUGGAGGAUAUGUAAUUGGCUAUAAGGGAUUGACAUUAGCUACAGUAAGGGGAGCAGGACACUUAGUGCCAAGCUAUCAGCCUGAAAGAGCAUUAACUAUGUUCUCAUCUUUUCUUAAAGGAAAAUUCUGAGAAGGCUUUGUUUGAUCAUCGUUAUGAAAAUUCUUUACUCUUAAGCUUCUAUAUUUAACUUCUUGUAUUGUACUUUGAAAAAUUUGAGUAAUAUAUAUAUAU